AUGUCCCAAGAUCUUGGAACAAGGAGACUACUCCCUCAAAGCUCACAAAUGCAGAACUUUUCGUUUGCGCCAACAAACUUUGGCCCAAGAGAAAAUCAAAAAAAUUAUGUCUUUGUUGACGAACACAAUCGCCACAAACGUUUGAAGGUGAUGCGAGCUUGUGAAGGAUGUCGAAGAAGAAAGAUUAAGUGUGAUGCUGCAACAACGAACACCUGGCCAUGCUCCGCUUGCACAAGGCUCAAGUUGGGAUGUGUCCCCCCAACAGUGAACUACGAUCGCGAUUUCCAGCAAAGUAAUCAGACUUUUGAAGCAGAAGCGCCGCAAUAUGAUAAUAGUGGAAAUCCCAGCGGUGGGUACCAUCAGCAAGUUCCAGUACAACAGCAAAUGACAGGCCCCUCAAAGGUGGUACCUCCAAUUUACACACAACAACCUCCAUAUCCCGAUCCGAAUAACAUGUAUCAAUCCAUUCCAUACGGAGGACCCUCGAGUGCACAUAGUCAACAGAGUAUGCAUUAUAAUAGUCUUCAAACUCCAGUCAGCGCACUCAGCCAACAUACAGAAUAUUCGCCACAAGCGGUAUAUCCCACAGCCCCUCUUCAGCAACAGACACAUGAUUCACCGGAAAAUUAUACCCAUAGUGAAUACAGCGGGGAGGAUUUGGCCGACUUGCUAGGAGAACUCAAGAUGAACCCCGCAGGCACAGCUCCAUACUUGAACAACAAGAACAGGACCAGAGCAUUGGUAGAAGAACCAGCUUUUGAAGACAUUGAUGAAUACAAAAACGCUUUACCUCCAAUUACAUUGAGCGCAGACAUGAAGAUCAGAAUACCUCCCGAGUUGCUUCCAGACGAACAGACUAUCCUUCAUUAUUUUGAGAUGUACUUCACCAAUGUACAUCCAUAUGUACCUGUCCUUAACAAAACUUUAUUUUACCAACAAUGGCAUACAAAUCGAGAUGCUAUCUCACCUUUAAUACUGGAAGCCAUUUUUGCAAUCGCUGGAAGACUCGAUGAUGAACCCGCGCAGGGCCAUCAGUGGCUCGCCCUUGCUUCUAAACAUGCCGAUGCUUUUAUGGACGUUCCACGAUUGAGCACUCUUCAAGCAAACCUCAUAAUACUUAAAGCAAGAGAAUCCGCUCCAAAGCGUGGAUAUUAUUAUCGUUCAUGGAUGACUGUAGUCGCAUGUGUUCAAAUGGCCAAGGAUUUGGGUCUAGAUGAGCACUAUGAAGAUCACAAAGCAGGUCGAUCAUGUGGUUCUGAUCUUGCUGACUGCAUUACCAAAACUCGAAUUUGGCAAACCAUAUUCGUUUGUGAAUUGAUGAUCGGUUCUCCACAAGGCCGGACGGAUCUCGCGGUCGACAUGGAAACACUUGACUUAAGUGUUCCCAGAACUGGGAUUGACAACGGAGAACUCGCAAUCACGCGCAAUUUCACUUGGUUCACGCGUGUUGUUCGCAAUGUUCGGAGAAUGAAUAAUGUUUACGCAAAAGUUAAGAAGAGAAAGGAGUGGGGUAUCGAUCCAGAUUUCGUACAAUUGAACCCUUCCUUCGAAACUUGGAUGAAUGAUCUUCCCGAAAACCUACAGAUUGAUUUUCCAGCGGACGGAUCCCCUCCAUGGCUACCUACUCAUUUCAUUGGCAAUCUUCACUCCUACUAUUACCUAAGUAUCAUCAUGCUUCAUCGUCCACAACUCACUUUCAUGGAACCAGGGAUGGACGGGUGGAAACACCAUAUGCUCAUAUGUUAUAAUUCUGCGAAACUUUUAUGCAGACUUCAAGAAAGUGUCUUGCAGUCAUUUGGAUUAACUGGUCUAUUAUGCAUGCAACGGGGAAUCAACUUCACUAUCUAUUGUGUUUUGACGUGCACAGUUCUUCACUUGGUUGCGAUCACAUCCCCGGAUCCAGACUUGAAUUCAGAUGCCCGGGAAUAUUUUACCAGACAUAUGAGAAUCCUAGAAAAAUGUACCAGCUCAUGGCCCAUGCCAGAUAUGCAACAACAGAUUGAGUCACUCAGGCUGGCAUUUUCAGCUGACACUAGGAAACCUUUCGUUCUGAAGCCAUCUUUCCCUUAUGGGAGCCCAGCCGCACCGCCUCAUACUAGUCCUGCAAGAGGAAAUCUUCAACAGUAUCGUCAAGGAAGCACCUCAUUGGAGAGUCAAAAUUUGGGACAUCAAAAUGCCCAACAGCAACAAGUCAGUUACACAAGCCACCCCAUAUCACCACCCAUUUCAGCUGGGGGCGUAGACACGAAAAGUGACUCUCCCGCUGUACAGUCUCUGGUCAUGAUGGCCACUGGUCAAAGACCCCCAGUUCCAAUUACAAGCGGGCUUCAAAUGGCAGACAACUCGUCAUGGAACCCGUCAAGAAUUUUUGACCAAUGGAACAGCACUUUCGGUACGCCUCCCGCUUCGAGCAGCUCUGCUUCUGAAACGACCCCUCCUCUAAAAACUCCCUCUUCAGGUGCACAAGAACUCCCGACACUCCCAGAAAUGCAAAUUCUCCCCAACGUGAGCUUACCGCCGGGCUCACAACCUAUGCCUCCACAACAAUAUUCUGGAGCGCCCAUCCCCUCGUUUGUGAGCCCAAGUAUGUGGCAAGAAUCAGUCGCGAAUGUGUAUGAAAGCGGAAUCAAACGACACUGGGACUACUCAGAUCCAAAUGAGAUGGUAAAUCCGAUCGCAAAACGAAGAGGUUGA